AUGGGGAGGCGUCAAAAGGCAGCCAAAGGCUCCAAGAAUAGGAAACUCAAGAGAGGCACAAGGGACCUCAAGAGACGCACACUGGAUCAGGACCAAGAUGCGUCUGUUACGCUUAUCGCAGCGCAUAAGGCUGUCUCAGCGCCGUCUCCCUCCCUCCCCGUAGACGAAGAUCUUCCAGGGGCCGGCCAGCAUCUCUGCAGAGCCUGCAGCCGCUACUUCAUCAACAAGGAAACUCUAGAAAAACACUGCAGCACGAAGGGCCAUAAGCGGAGGCUGGCAGCUGCACUUGAAGCGCCUUGGUCUACUAGACAGGCAGAACUUGCUGCCAGAUAG